ACCGUUUCCGGGGUCAGGGCAUUCCGGCCCGCCCCGCCGCCGGUGCAGUGCUGGAAGGUCCGGUUCUCCCGGAAGUGGCCCGGGUGUCUCUGUUAGGGUCCCCUCCACCCCCCUGCUGCUGAAGGCCGCAGGGGCGGCGGCGAUGGCGGAGGCGGCGCUGCUGCUGCUGCCCGAGGCGGUGGCGGAGCGGGACGCUUGGGAAAAGCUGGCUCUCUGGGAUCGGAGACCGGACACGACGGCGCCGCUGACCGACCGGCAGACGGACUCGGUGCUGGAGCUGAAGGCGGCGGCAGAGAACCUGCCGGUGCCAGCUGAGCUCCCAAUUGAAGACUUAUGUAGUUUAACAUCCCAGUCACUGCCCAUUGAACUGACUUCAGUAGUGCCUGAAUCUACAGAUGACAUUCUCUUGAAGGGCUUCACUUCCUUAGGAAUGGAAGAAGAAAGAAUUGAAACCGCACAACAGUUUUUCUCAUGGUUUGCAAAGCUGCAAACUCAGAUGGAUCAAGAUGAAGGAACUAAAUAUAGACAGAUGAGGGAUUACUUGUCUGGGUUUCAGGAGCAGUGUGAUGCUAUAUUGAAUGAUGUAAACAGUGCUCUUCAGCAUCUGGAGUCUUUGCAGAAACAGUAUCUUUUUGUGUCCAAUAAGACAGGAGCCCUACAUGAAGCCUGUGAACAGCUCCUAAAAGAACAGUCGGAACUUGUUGAUCUGGCUGAAAACAUUCAACAAAAGCUUUCCUAUUUUAACGAAUUGGAAACUAUUAACACAAAAUUGAAUUCCCCUACGUUGUCGGUGAAUAGUGAUGGAUUUAUACCUAUGCUGUCCAAGUUAGAUGAUUGUAUAACAUAUAUCUCAUCUCAUCCUAAUUUUAAAGAUUAUCCUGUAUAUUUGCUGAAGUUUAAGCAGUGUCUUUCUAAAGCUUUGCACCUCAUGAAGACAUACACUGUGAACACACUACAGACCCUCACAAAUCAGUUACUGAAAAGGGACCCUUCAUCUGUACCUAACGUAGACAAUGCCUUCACAUUAUUUUAUGUGAAAUUUCGAGCUGCUGCCCCCAAAGUCAGAACUCUUAUUGAACAAAUAGAGCUGCGAUCUGAAAAAAUACCUGAAUACCAACAACUGCUCAGUGAUAUCCACCAGUGUUACCUUGAUCAGCGGGAGCUCCUUUUGGGCCCUAGUAUUGCUUGCACUGUUGCAGAGUUAACCAGCCAAAGUAACAGAGAUCAUUGUGCCUUGGUUCGUAGUGGCUGUGCCUUCAUGGUUCAUGUCUGCCAGGAUGAACACCAACUUUACAAUGAAUUUUUCACAAAACCAACAUCAAAAUUAGAUGAGCUUUUGGAGAAACUGUGUGUGUCAUUGUAUGAUGUCUUCAGGCCAUUGAUCAUUCAUGUUAUUCACUUAGAGACUCUGUCGGAACUUUGUGGGAUUCUUAAAAAUGAGGUGCUUGAAGAUCAUGUGCAGAACAAUGCUGAGCAACUGGGGGCAUUUGCAGCCGGAGUCAAGCAGAUGUUAGAAGAUGUACAGGAGCGGCUUGUCUACCGAACCCACAUCUACAUUCAGACGGACAUCACGGGCUAUAAACCAGCUCCUGGAGAUCUGGCAUAUCCCGAUAAGUUAGUCAUGAUGGAGCAAAUUGCACAGAGUUUGAAAGAUGAGCAGAAGAAGGUACCUUCAGAAGCUUCAUUUUCAGAUGUUCGGUUAGAAGAAGGAGAGUCUAAUAGUCUGACAAAAUCUGGUUCAACAGAAUCCCUCAAUCCUAGACCACAGACCACAAUUUCUCCAGCGGAUCUUCAUGGAAUGUGGUAUCCUACGGUUCGAAGAACUCUUGUCUGUCUCUCCAAAUUAUACAGAUGCAUAGAUAGGGCAGUGUUCCAAGGAUUAUCACAGGAAGCAUUGUCUGCCUGCAUUCAGUCCUUACUUGGAGCAUCAGAGUCAAUCAGCAAAAACAAGACUCAGAUUGAUGGACAACUUUUCUUAAUUAAGCACCUUUUGAUACUUCGUGAACAAAUUGCUCCAUUUCACACUGAAUUCACCAUUAAGGAAAUUUCCCUGGACCUCAAGAAAACUAGAGAUGCAGCAUUUAAAAUCCUGAACCCUAUGACUGUUCCAAGAUUUUUUAGGCUGAAUAGCAACAAUGCCUUGAUAGAGUUCUUGUUGGAGGGUACUCCUGAGAUAAGAGAACAUUAUCUUGACUCUAAAAAAGAUGUAGACCGUCAUCUGAAAUCGGCCUGUGAGCAGUUUAUUCAGCAGCAGACCAAGCUGUUUGUAGAACAGCUGGAGGAGUUCAUGACAAAGGUUUCAGCAUUAAAAACAAUGGCCAGUCAGGGAGGCCCCAAGUAUACUCUCUCUCAGCAGCCUUGGGCACAGCCAGCAAAGGUCAAUGACCUUGCAGCCACUGCGUAUAAGACAAUAAAAACAAAGCUGCCGGCGACGUUGAGAAGUAUGUCCUUGUACUUGUCCAAUAAAGACACCGAGUUCAUCUUGUUUAAACCAGUGAGGAAUAAUAUUCAGCAAGUCUUCCAGAAGUUCCAUGCCCUGUUAAAGGAAGAGUUCAGCCCUGAAGACAUCCAGAUCAUUGCCUGUCCAUCCAUGGAACAGCUGAGCCUCCUGCUGUCAGUUUCUAAAUAAGCAGGCCAGCUGAGGUGUGCACCUAAAUGAUCUGUCUGGGAGAAGCAGGCUGAGAAGUCUGGCAGUCUGCAGGACACACCGAGGAAUCGUAUGUGGGAAUGUCCCCGAGAACCACACGAGCGUGCUGCCCAGUGCUGACUGCAGAAUGAAAUAGAAGUAAAGUGUUACAAGAUCGGUGUUUUCUUCUCUAAAACAUCAAAAUGCCAAAGAUUAAUCUGUGAUUGGUGAUAACUGCCUCAUUUAAAAGGUCACAAGAAAUGUGAAGAGAGAGCUAGGGCAGACACGCAGUGAAAUGGUUCUUGUAAAAGAUGUGCAAUAAAAAUAGGUUACAAUAA